AUGCGUGCAAUGGAGUCGGCUGAAAUUUCCACUAUAAAUGAUGGGAUAGCUGAAGCACUUCAAAUCAGUCGUAUUAUUUUUGAUAAAUAUCGAAGAAGUAUGAAGGCCAUUACAGUUGCCAUUCUUGGCGCGUGUUUGAUAUUUGUGGCUCAUGGAGUUCCGGUCUCUCGAAUUAACCAAGAUGCUGUUGAGCGUACAAUUUCAUCAUCUUACGCAAGCGGACUAACAAUAACUAGUGGGUUUUAUAUUCGAGAAGAUGCUAGCUCUGACGAGGUCUUUUAUUACCAAGCUAUUCAAGUCACUGCAUCAAUAUCUGGUACUUACAGUUUCAUCAGUGACAGUGAAAUCGACACGAUCGGCUAUUUCUAUGAAAACUCUUUCGACCCAUCGGUGCCAAGUGAAAAUUUAAUUUUAACUGAUGAUGAUGGUAACGAAAAUGGUCAGUUUCUUAUCGACGCUUUUCUCGAAGCCGAACGCGUGUAUACUUUGGUCGUUACAACAUUUGACUCAUCGAAAACAGGCCCUUUCUCAGUAUCAGUUAGUGGUCCAGGCGCUGUUGAUCUUAAUUCAUUUACACCAUCAACCAGUCGGCCUAUAGGUGCAACAACUACUGUGGCUCCUGUUUUGUCAGCCCUUUCGGGUGGACUGUCACCAGCUGCUGGAGUAUUUCAUCGACCCGACAGUUACAAUGAAGAUUCCUUUUAUUACCAGGCUAUUGAAGUCAGCGUACAAACAUCCGGUAUGUACAUUCUAACAAGUGACAGUAACCUCGACACAAUCGGCUAUUUCUAUCAUGAUUCGUUUGAUCCAUCUGUUCCGGAAAAUAAUUUGAUCACGGUUGAUGACGAUAGUGGAGAUAUCUCUUUACAAUUUGGUUUAGAAGUUUAUCUCCAAGCUGGAAACAAAUACAUUUUGGUGGUUACCACGCAUGAGACUCAGGCAACUGGAGAUUUCUCAGUAUUAACUAAUGGACCAGGUCCCAUCGAACUUACUUCAUUUACGCCAUCAACGAUUCAACCAGUACUUGCAUCAACUACUGCGGCUCCUAUUUUGUCAGCCCUUUCGGGUGAACUUUCACCAGCUGCUGGAGUUUUCAAUCGACCCGAUAGCUACGAUGAAGCCACUCAAUACUAUCAAGCUAUUGAAGUUAGCGUACAAAUCUCUGGUAUGUACACUCUAACAAGUGACAGUGAACUCGACACAUUUGGCUAUUUCUAUCAUGACUCGUUUGAUCCAUCACUACCGGAAAAUAAUUUGAUCAUGGCUGAUGACGAUAGUGGAGAUAUCUCUUUACAAUUUGGUUUAAAAGUUUAUCUUGAAGCUGGAAAUAAAUAUAUAUUGGUUGUUACAACACAUGGAACGUACGAAACUGGCGAUUUCUCAAUAUUAACUCAUGGUCCAGAUCAUGUAGAACUUAAUCCAUUUACGCCAUCAACCAGUCAGCCUUUAACUGCAGUAACCACUCCAGCUAUUGUUUCAUCAGCAUUUUCCAGUGAAUUGCCAUUCGACAACUUGAAAUUUGCACGACUCGAUUAUGGUGGUGAGGUAAAGGAUAAUGCUGAAUACUACUAUCAAGCUAUUGAAGUAGUUGUAUCCGCAUCUGGCAUGUACACUUUCAAUAGUCACAGUGACUUUGACACCAUGGGCUAUCUCUAUGAUACAUCUUUCGACUCAUCCAAACCAAAUGAAAACUUAAUCAUUGAGGACGACGAUAGUGGUGAUGAAAUUCAUCAAUUUGGUUUCAAAAUUUCUCUCGAAGCCGAACAUACAUAUGUUUUGGUUGUUACAACACAUUUAGAGGAACAAAUAGGUAGUUUCUCUGUAUCAAUGAAAGGUCCAGCCUCCGCUGCUCUACGAUCAAGCGCAAAAUAA